CGGGCCACAAUUCGGGGACGGGCGUUCUCUGGUAGUGAAAUUCGGCAGAGAGGAUGUACGUCCGGGUAUCGUUAAUGACGAGACUGUACUUGUCCCACGACACCACAUCAGUGAGGCCAUUGUCAGUCGCCCAAGCCCCGGACGUAAACAGCCAUAUCAAGGCCGUCAAAGCCCGGUGAAAACGCAUAACAGCACAACCUUGGCAGGUCCUAAAUUCGUAGAUGUGCGGAUCGAGCGAGAAUGGCGUUGCAUUCUAGAUCUGCUAUGCUGCGAACCACGCGGGAACGAACCGACUGAUAAACGAUCGUGAGUCCAUCACUGUCAAUCACAGGCCGCCGGGCAUCAAUCCCAGUCGCGGAAAUGAGGACCGAAUGCGACAUCACGAAGAGCUGCAUGGCUUUCCCCCCACAGGCGCAGACCACCAGCUGUUCAUUCGAGAUUCCAGCAAUCAGAUGCUCUAGGUCUGGCCGUCAUUACUUCAUUGCGGGGUAUCCCGGCCGUUUACUGCAUAGGCUGCGUGUCUCGCGUGAGAGUAACGCAGGAACCGUGGUGGCCUCGCUCGUACUGUCGCGCAAUUCUUCCGCUGGGCCUUGCAAGUGUAAUUAAACGGCAAGCCGCACGCAUCCGGCGCAAGGGAAGAUGCCACGUCGAGCUGCCCG